UGGAUUAAACAAAACUCGAUACCGAGAGCUCGCGACUGCUUCAGACAGCUUUAAAGAAACUCACACGAACGUCUGCCACUUCACUACAGAAGUCAGCAUGAAGAAAUUGCUUGUGGAUGUGGACUGUGGUGUGGAUGAUGCUCAGGCUCUCAUGAUGGCUUUGGCAGUUCCGGAUGUACAGAUCCUGGGCAUCACCUGUGUUCAGGGCAACACUUCAAUAGAAAAUGUCUGCAAGAAUGUCUUGCGUGUCCUGAAAGUGUGUAAUCAUCUGAAGAUUCCUGUAUUUCGUGGAGCGACUAAAGCGCUCUUGGGGCAAACCAUCAGUGCUGGAGAUUUUCAUGGCAAAGAUGGACUCGGGGACGCCCCAGACCCCCAAGCUCCUGGGCUGGAACUGGUCCAGAAAGAGGGCGCUGUGUCAGCCAUGAUCCGAAUAGUCGAUGAGAAUCCUGGAGAGGUGUCUUUAGUGGCCACGGCUCCGCUGACGAAUGUGGCUUUGGCGGUGAAACUGGACCCCUCCUUUCCCAAGAAACUCAAAGGCCUUUACAUUAUGGGUGGCAAUACAGACUCUCGUGGGAACACCACUGUGUGUGCAGAGUUCAACUUUGCAGCUGAUCCUGAAGCAGCUUAUAUUGUCCUGAAAGAAUUCAUUUGCCCAAUUUACAUUGCAACCUGGGAGUUCACCUGUAACAGUAAAUUACCAUGGGAUUUCUGUGACGGUUGGCUGGCCCAGGACACAGAUAAGGCUCGCUUUAUGAAGCAGAUCUUUAAGCACAGCAUGGAGUCCAGCCACAGCGAGAGGGUUGAGAAGGAGCUGGUGGCGGGGCAGGGAUUCAUCUCCUGUGAUUCUUAUGCUAUGGCAGCAGCCAUAGACCACACAUAUAUUGUUGAAACCGACACCAAAGCGGUCACUGUGGAGCUGGCGGGGAACUACUGCCGGGGAAUGAUGGUUGUAGAUCACCUCGACCUUCUGAAGACGACUCACAAAGUCAAGAUCUUGAAGAAGGUGGAUUUGGAGAAGUUUAAAGUGCUCAUGAUGAAUGCUUUGAAAUAAAUGUUCGUUGGCAGCCA